CAACAUUUGCCAACUUGCCCGGAAGAAAACCCAUUUCUUAGCAAUAGAUACCGAGACAUAUGUGAAAGAGCUAGGACCUGCCAUUGUCGAAGUAGUCGAGAUAUAUUGAUGGCCAGCGCCGCGCCCAUUCAAAACCGGCCAUACCGUUCGCACAAGGUGCCCGCCUGCACCAGAUGUCGAUCCCGCAAAAUCCGCUGUCACAUCGACAUCCCUGGAGAACCAUGUCUGUCGUGUCGAGAACGCCGGUUGAAAUGUCAAUAUGUGGAAUCCUCCACAAGUUCGCCAACCGAAGAGAAUGGUGACCGGAAGCCUGGAAAGCGUCGCCGAAUUAGCAAUUCGGAUGGAAUGGAGGAUGGACCUGUGCGGCCUCGAUCAGCACCUAUACUGCAUAAGGCCACAAACAAUCCAUCAGCUUCCAUCAUUAUGGCAUCGCAUCUUGCCGAAGACCUCGACAUAUUCAACCGUCACCUUGCCAAGCAUCGCAAACCUGGAGGUGAAGCUGCGGACACAUCGACCUAUCAGACCCUCAACCAUGACGUACAAGAUCCAAUCGUAUAUCUUACAGUUCCCAGAUUUAGAACUGGACUACCACCAGGAAGUGGAUGUGGGCGAUCACAGCUUGACAUCCUUGAGCAAAUCAUGGGUCCAUUCAAGCGCGAGGUUAUAGAGCUGUACUUCAAGCAUCUUCACUACCAUUUUCCUGUCCUAGACGAGGAGAUGGGCGCACUUCUUCGUAGCGGCCAGCUCGAGAAGGCACCAAACAACCUAUUGUGUGUCAUCUAUGGCAUUGGAUCACCGCUAUGGCCCAGAUCAGAAACGCUGAAGAUGCACCCAAAGCCAGAUGCGCAUUAUGUUUGGAAUAAAGCCAUUUCAGCGACCCUAGAAGACUUCCUCAGCCCGGGUAUGUCGACAAUAUCAACCGCUAUUCUCGACCAGAUCGGCCGUCCGUCAGUCUCCAUUGUUGGCAACAUCACGCUCUGUGGUAAGACUGUUUCGCUUGCGCAGACGUUUGGCCUGCAUCGCGACCCAGCGAAGUGGAAUAUCACAGAGAACGAGAGAUCUGUUCGGGUUCGUCUGUGGUGGUGUGUGCUCAUCACGGAUACAUGGUCUAGUGUUGCAUAUGGCGCUCCUCCACACAUCACGAAGGGCUACUAUGACGUGCCGCGACCGACAGUCAAUUCACUUAUCAGUCACAAGGCGAAUCAGCAGCAGAAACAGGCGACUACUUGCUUUGUUCACUUCUGCGCAUUGACAGAGCUUGUUGGAUUGAUUCUUCCUCUCAUCUACGAAAUCGAACCGGAUCGCAUGCAGCUCUCACAGCAGGUGGCCCACUUCAAGCGCGAAUUGAACAAUCUGGAGGCUCAACUACCUACAUGGCUUCCCCUUCCCAAUCAACCUGGAUCUAGUAACCUUUGGUUCUGUUUCCUGUCGACGCGCUUACUCCUUGCCCGCGUAACACUACGCUCCGCAGUCCUUGAAGGCGAUAGCACCUUGGGACGUGACAGGAUGUAUCAGCUACGUACAGCCUCAUCAGCUGUCCUAGACUUCCUGCUCUCCCUCGGCGAAUUACAGUUUCAGGACUUCUGGCUACCAUACGUCACGCAUCUCUUGGUCCACGCCAUCACAGUCUCCCUCCGAUGCACAGUCGAAACCCAAGAUCCCGAAACACGUAAUACAUCCGUGACGCGACUUCAACAUGUGAUCGCCCAUAUCCAGUAUGCUCGGGAUAAUUACGACUGGGACCUGGCGAUUUACUGUCUUGAGAGAUGUGCAGAGCCGGUUUCGAGGAUUGCAUCACUGAACUCGAGGGAGCCGGGACCACCGUCUGAGACCGGUGCUGAGAUCACGAGCCUGGCACCGAAUUCAAAUGGACAUAGGACUGGUGCUGAGGUCCCGCCUGUGCCGACUUUCGACGAUACGAACUUUUUGCUCUCUGAUAUACUGGACCCGAAUGCAUUCGACUUUUCUUGGGAGGCGCUAUGGGAUACUCCUUCAGGCAUGACGAACUUUGCUAUAUGAGGAAUUGAUGCUAUCUGGUUGUCACAAGUGCAAAUUAAAACUCGGCUUAUCGAACCCACCAUCAGCCCGAAAUCUCCGGUGGUAGAACGUCUGAGACGAAAACAAGCUGCGCGCGCAUGGUGGUUGCCUUAAAACUCUAUCUUACCCAGAUCUGUCUGCGAGCAUGAUUUGGCGCAGCCCAAACCAGCCUUUCGAUGGGCACAUCAGGAGAAGACAGAGCCGCAUGCGAGGAGAGGCAGUAUGUCUGAGAGCGCAGAUGCCUCCAUGUUUGCAUUGGGUCGGAGGAAGAUACAGGACCAGGCUAUGGGGCCGAACGACUACUAGACGACGAUGCGAGAAGCUGGCCAGUAUGCAGUCGGGUUUGAGACUUCAUUCUUAGAUAAUGAUAAUG